GGUUUUCCUGUGAACAAGCUCCACAUCUGCUUUUCUAUUGAAACAUUUCAUCUUUGUCCCAGUCACUGCCACCAUCUACUGUGAUGUCAGACUAACAGUAUGUAUGUAGCUGUCUAAAAAAUGACAUUGUUCAUCCCUGAUAUGGCUGGUCGUCUGUUUUUGCUCAUCCUCCUUUUCGAUACCUUCCAGUACCUCAAAGGCAAAGAUCCUCCUCAACCCAGUCUAACAGUGAUUCCUGCAGUCAUCAAAGAGAGAGACUCAGUUCAGCUGAACUGUCAGACUCCUCCAUCUGGCUCUGAUUGUUACUUCAAAAUGGAAGGGCAAGUGGAAUUCACCCUUCCAUCACCCUGUCAACAGACACUCACAGGAACACUACUGGUGAGGUGGACAGGUCAGAGUUCACCAGCUGAGGUCAAAAUCCAAUGUCAGUACAGUGCUACAGGUUCACAGUUUAGAUCCAUAUACAGUGAGUCUUCAACAGUCACAAUUACGGACCUUCCUCAGCUGACAGUGAGUUCUACAGUCAUCAGAGAAACAGAAUCAGUUCAGCUGAGUUGUGAGACUCCUCCAUCUCUGCCUGUGUCUCACUGUUACUUCAACAUAGAGGGGAGGAAGAAUCUUCCAGACUCAUUGUGUACUCAGACAAUAACAGGAACUGAGCUGCUCAAGAGGUCUGGUCCAACAUUUCCAGCUGUGGUCAAAGUGACGUGUUACUACACUGUAUGGAAGUCUCACACAUCUCCUUUUAGUGACCCUGUCUCAGUCACUGUUCUGGAUCCAAAACCAGACAUUACAGUCCAUUUAGAUGAGGACUUCAACAUCAUCUGUUUGAUUCCUGGAUCCGUCAGUCCUGACACCACCUGUAACCUGUAUGUUGGAGAGGAGAGUCAGCCAUCCUUCACAGCACCGAUCAAGAAGAGAAAAGCCACCUCAGCAUCUGGACAGCAGUUCUGUCAAUUCACUCCAAAACAUAGUGAUCUGAUCAGUCGUCUACAGUCAGUGAGGCGUAAGGAGGUGAGCUGUGACUACAGAUUGAGCUCAGGACCAAACUCUCUCUCUCCACGCAGUGAUGGGUACAGCUUUACACAUCUGGUGGGAGUUCACAUCAGCGAUCCAACAACUAUACAGACACCUUCUAUAGCAGUGGGUUUGACUCCAGGUCCUGGGUCUACUUUGCCGCCCAGCACGACAGUGAGUCCUACAGAAGUUUCCACUGUUACUUGUACCUUUACCCCAGACACCACAGUGACACCAGCUACCAGUUUGACCUCCCCUUUGACCCCUAGCAGGGCAGUGAAUCCUUCAUCAGGGUCGACUAUUUGCUGUACUUUGACCACUGACACCCCAGCAAGUCCAACUGAAAGAGGUCAAAGCUCCACAGAAAGUGAAGUGGAAUCAAACAGUCAAGAAAGCAUUCUGUUGGGGCAAUUAUGGCAGGCAGCAGUGGGUGUGGCUUCUGGAGUGGGUGUGUUCCUGGUAGGAUUGACAGCUGUCUGUCUCUGCAGGAGGACCAAGAAAACCAAUUCUCAGAGACCUACAGCCAGACAGGAUGAUCACAGACAAUAUGAUUUGGUGUCUAUGGGAGCGGUGAGCAGCGGAGUCAUGGUGGAUUCAGGAGAUGCUGGAAUCGAUUCUCAGAUCACUUCUGUACUGUCCACGUUCAUGCCCUCAGGUCCCGUUGAUGUGGAUUCACAGGCAUUUGCAAAUAAACAUUCUGAUACGUACCACGUAUACAGCUCAAUCCCCGACAGACCAGCAACCUCAGCCCAGCCGGAUGGGUUGUACAGUCUGCAGACACACUGAAACUACACCUCUGGCUUUCUGUAUCUAUGUCUCACACAUCUCACACAAAAACAUUCUUUCUCACAUGACAUCCUUUAUUAUCACUCAUCCAGUUACUGUAAAUAAGUUGAUUAACAGGUAAUAUGUCUACUGUAUUACACAUGGACAACUGGUUUCUGUUACAUGUCUAUCCAUAAUAUCUCUUACUGUGUUAAUAUUUAUAUUUUGGGGAUUUUGGAGGGGUCCGGGGCAUACUCCCCUUUGAGCAUUUUUCUUAUUUCUUCUCCCUAGUAAAUGCUAAAUCUACUGUAUUUAAGUAUAUUAUGUUGACUGUUUGAUACCUUCUUCCAUAACAGUUGGAUACAAUUAAUUUCCUAUUGGGCAAAACAUAAUCCAAAACACAACCAAAACAAACUGCAAAUGCAUACAAACUCAAGUUUGUUGAGUCACAAGCUUGAUGCAUUUAUUGGGUGCAAAGAAUAUAGGACCAAAAUACAUCAUGCUUGACUACUUUAAUUGUAGUUAAUCUACCAAACUAACCUAAAUGACGGAGUGAAAAGAAGGAAGCUUGUACCUGUUUGCAGCAAGGCACUAAAGUAAUACUGCAAAUACUGUGGCAAAGCAAUUCACUUUUUGUCCUGAAUACAAAAUGUUAUGUUUGGGGCAAAUAGGAUACAACACAUUACUGAGUACCAUUCUCCAUAUUUUCAUGCACAGUGAUGGCUGCAUCUUGUUAUGGGUAUACUUGUAAUCAUUAAGGGACUGGGGAGAUUUUCAGGAUAGAAAAUAAAUGUAAUGGAGCUAAACACAGGCAAAGUACUAGAGGAAAACCUGGUCGAGUCUGCUUUCCACCAGACACUAGGAGAUGAAUUCACCUUUCAGCAGGAUAAUAACCUAAAACACAAGGCUAAAUAUACACUGGAGUUGCUUACCAAGAAUACAGUGAAUGUUCCUGAUGGCAGAGUUACAGUUUUGACUUUAAUCUACUUGAAAAUCUAUGGCAAGACCUGAAAAUGGUUGUCUAGCAAUGAUCAACAACCAAUUGGACAGAGCUUGAAGAAAUUUGAAAAUAAUAAUGGCCAAAUGUUGCACAAUCCAGGUGUUGAACGUUUUUAGAGACGCAGAAAGACUCACAGCUGUAAUCGCUCCCAAAGGUGCUAAUACAAAGUAUUGACUCAGUGAUGUAAAGACUUAUCUAAAUGAAAUAUUUCUGUAUUUCAUUUUCAAAAAUGUAGCAAAAAAUUACAAAAAACAUGUUUUCAAUUUG